AUGCCUCGCCAAGGAGACGGUUCAAGCGACAAUGGCCCCUUUGAGGAGGCCGAUCACAACAUUGGCCACGGCGUCACCGAAGAAGAUAACUCAAAGGACAAGACUGCGCCUCUGCCAGAGGGCCUGCACGAGAAAGGCGCUGGCCUUGAAGGCAUGAACGCGAGCGGAGGACAGAGCCAAGGCAUCAAGAAGGGCCCCAACGUUGGCCAGGGCGGAAGGGGAAGCACCAAUUGA